AUGAGAGACUGCGACAAAGUGAUGAUUCAGCACAGAUCAGCCUUAGCGGAUGUCCUGAAAAUAACCGCCAAUGUGAAUGAAAUCGCCAUCCUGCCCUGCAACAUCUCUUUGGAACAUGACGUACCUACAGUGGAGUGGUCCAAAGAUGGCUUAACUCAUAACAUCACCUUCUUGUACCGGGACGGCUGCGAGAUUUUCCCAGAGAAGAAUCCAGACUUCCACCACAGGACCAAUCUUUUCCUGAACGAAGUGAAAGACGGCAAUCUGUCUCAGAUAAUUUACAACCUGCGGCUGUCUGAUGCGGGCAGAUACCAGUGCAGGACUCUGAGAGGGAGACAGUUUCAGGUUGAAGCAACGGUGGACCUUACUGUAGUUGCUGUGUCUGAGCCAGAGCUCACAUUUGUUCCCAGCGAUGACGGGGUGUUGCUGCAGUGCAGAGCCGAGUGUUGGUCUUUUGAGCCAAAGAUUGUGUUUCUGGAUGACCAAGGAGAUGAAAUUAAAGCUGAAAGUCCGAGAAAAGCUGAGAUGUCGACUGGAUGUCUCACCGUCACAAGGAAUGCGAGUCUGCAGACUGGCACCAACAGCCCAGUGUCCAGAGCAUGGAAUAGGUACCAGGAGACAGGCCAGUACACCAGAAGACAUGGAGGGGGCCGUAGGAGGGCUACAACCCAGCAGCAGGACCGCUACAUUGUCCUUUGUGCAAGGAGGAACAGGAGGUCCACUACCAAGCCCAACACCGUGCAGGACGAUUGGCGUUUGCUAGGGAACACCAAAAUUGGCAGAUUCGCCAUUGGCACCCUGUGCUCUUCACAGAUGAAAGCAGUGGGCCCUGGGUUCCUUCUUAUGCAUGACAAUGCUAGGCCUCAUGUGGCUGAAGUGUGUCAACAGUUCCUGCAUGAUGAGGGCAUUGAUGUUAUGGACUGGCCUGCCCGUUUCCCAGACCUGAAUCCAAUUGAGCACAUCUGGGACAUCAUGUUUCGGUCAACCCACCAAGACCGCAUCGCACCACAGACUGUUCAGGAGCUAACUGCUGCUCUAAUCCAGGUCUGGGAAGAGAUCCCUCAGGAGAACAUCCACCAUCAGAAGCAAAAGCUACGUCUAUCAAAGCUAUUGGCCAGUCAGGCUGAAAAUUUUGAAAAGUUGCGAAGAGAAAAUGAAGAACUGAUGGCAAAUAUUUCUAACCAAACUCAGUUGUUCUAUGACCCGAAUGUGGAAUUGAAGAAGCUUAAAUCCAAACACUAUCCACCUCCACAGCACGGUCAAUCUACGCAUGGCUCCAGAUCCACUCUAAAUGAGUCCAAACAAGGUAACCAGCUCUCCCAGUGCAACAACCAGAAACCAUCAACCUCAUCCAUGAGCAACCACCCAGAACCUAAGUCUGCGAUGAAAGAGUCUAAACCAGCCGUCCCCCAACAAAACCCGACACCCGUUCCCCAGAAAAAGAAAGAAAGAUCCAGGAGUGUAUCUGCACCUUUGACAAAUGAUGGUACUGCAUCAGAAGGAACAAACCUGUUACGUUCUGGAAGUUUUUCUGGUUUUCGCUCCGGCAUUACCAGAUCUCCAGUUAAGUAUGCCUCUUCCAACUUUUUCAGUGUCCUGGAGAAUUUAACUGAAGACUCUGAGUCGCUGCUAAAGUGA